AUGUGGUCGGCUUGUGGGGACAACGGGAAAGGCGGCAAGACCUGGAAGGUCCGACAGACGACGUCCAAGGCGGCAUGGAAUUCAGAAGGUGAUGGAACAACCGUCGUAUUGACACGUCUUCCGAAGACUCUGAAUGCAGAGGUUCUUCUGGCUUUGCUGGAUGAGCACUUCCCCUGCGCAUAUGACUACUUCUAUUUGCCCAUGGACAUGGACAAAUUCGAGAACCGAGGCAUAGCUUACAUUAAUUUUCGAAAACAUGAAACAGCUGUGCAAUGCCAGAAUCAUUUCGAUGGCACCGACGACUGGAAAGGACACACUAGCGAGCGUCCGUGCAAAUCAGAGUGGUCCUCCAUCCAGGGGUACGCUGCAAACAUUGAGUGGCAACAGAGAUCAGCGUGGCUGACCAGCGCCAUCCCCGAGGGCUGCAAGCCGAUGGCCUUCGAUGAAAAUGGAAUGCGUCUGCCAACUUCGGACAUUUUUCCUGCAUCACUGGCCGACAGUAGAAAGGAUGGCAGGUCUUGCCGGACUCUGAGCGACAACAACAAAGAGUGGUGGAAGGACCAGUGGUAUGGUAGCAGUUCAUGGGAACAAAAUGGUGGAAAGAACAGGACAUCGUGCAGAUGGUAUGGCUCUUGGUCUUGGAAAAACGACGACUGGCGUGCAUUCUCCGACGCAAGGGCACGUAAUCGGACAUGGCACACCAUCAAUCGGGGUCCAGAGGGUUUUCAUGAUGAGUAUGGCGAGGCGAGCCAGAGUAGUGACAAUUUUGAGCAUGGGAUGGCAGAUGAAAAGCAGGAGGAGUUCAUGCUUGGGAAGCAUCGAGAAGAGGAGAAGGAGAACAAGGCCGGAAAUGAUGUCAAUCUGGCAGCGAAGGUACCCAUAUUACAGGAUCAGCCGUCGCUGGCGAGUUUGCAGGGUCUGUCCAGCAACGAAUCCGCCGCACUACUGAAGUCUGCCGAAGCCGUGCGAGCUACCGCAAAGUAUGCCUGCCCGCACUGUGGGGCGGUGUUCAUGAAGUGGUCUGCAUGCAUACACCACAUAAUGGCUGAUUCACCUACUUGCCAGACCCACAUAUUGCCUGAUGGCAAGCCGCCUGCUGAUAUGACUGAGUUCCAAGAGACAUGCAAGGCAAAAGCCGCAGAAUUGCCAAAGGAUGUGAACAAGAGCAAACCUGAUGCAGAUGCAUCCGUCGAGAAGCGUCGCUUUCAGUAA